AUCGCCGGCGCCCGCCAGUCGUGUUCCAAACGCCGCGAGGUUCAUGUGUUUCUCCCGUAUCGAACCCCGUCUCGCGAUCACAACUUUAUGCACUGGAAACUUUUCAAAGCAAUUUCGGACGGAUUCGAUUGUUGCGCGUCACUAUCGCUUCACGUUUCCAGCGGGAUCGUAAAGUGUGCCUUGCUGGCGACCGUUCGUGUGUUGUCGCGCGUUUCAUACCACUCGUUCGGUCUAUUUUUGAAUAUUCUCUAAACGCUACACCCGAGAAGUUUUCGAAACGCAGUCCGUCGAGUCGGGUUAACGGCCUCGUGUAUGCACGCCUGCAUCACAUCUCUUGUGUUUUUGUUGGCGGAUAACAUUUUGUGCAGUUACCAUCGACUGUUCAAUCAGAGAAACGUUAUCUUUACGUUAACGCGGGCAUAUUUAGCCUCGGACGGUGAUGGCUACAGAUGACUUUGGUUUAGUGGUCUAGUCUCUGUGUCAGUGAGUGAUUGGCUUGUUCGGUAGCCCGUUGCGCUAGUGUUGAAAAGUGGUGCCAGUGAUGUGACGGUCUAUGGAAGUGUCAGGUUGUUUUCGGAAUGUUCACGAAGCACGGCAAAGCCGCUGAGCGGUGCCUCCAUCCCCACUCGCAUAGGGGGCGAAAGAAGAAAAAAGCAACACCGCAUACGCCCUGGAAGUACUUGAUGAAUUGCCCACUCGUUAGGAAAUGUUUUGGCCUACAGUUGCGGAGCAUAGAGGAGCCGGCAGGCGGCGCGGGCGCCGGAAUGCCCGCGUCCGCCUGCUACGACGCCGAGUGCGCGCGCACCGAGGCCUGGCUCGACGAAAAUCAAGAGUUUGUGCACGAUUAUUUCCUAAGAAAGGCGACGCGACAGGUGGUGGACGCAUGGCUGGUGUCGCACGCGACACCGCCCAGUGCCGAGCUACCGUCGCCGUCACGUGCCGGCUCCGGAGCGACCACACCCGUCAGGAAGAUCUCAGCCCACGAGUUCGAGCGGGGCGGACUCUUAAAACCGUUGGUGACGACUGUAGACGGCACACCGACCUUUCUUGGAGAUCAGCCCCCCCACGCGACACCAUCGCGUCCACAGCGGAGGUCCAGGCACGAGCUGCGGCAGUUAGACGAAAAGGAACUUAUAUUUGAAUUAGUGAAAGAUAUAUGUAACGAGUUGGAGGUUAGAGUCCUAUGCCAUAAGAUUCUUCAGAAUGUGUCAAUACUCCUCGAUGCUGAUAGAGGAUCACUCUUUUUGGUACAAGGCGAAAGAGCAGCAUCACCGCAUCCUCAAAAUGGCAGAUGUUUGGUAUCAAAACUAUUUGACGUCUGCUCUAAAUCAACCCCGGAACAAAUGGAACACUUAGAAGAAAUCAGGAUACCGUGGGGCAGUGGCAUUGUCGGCUAUGUGGCCGAAAGCGGAGAGCCAGUGAACAUCCCCGAUGCGUAUAAAGAUGAGCGGUUCAACCACGACAUUGACCAACAAACGGGUUACAAAACGAGGUCGCUCCUCUGCAUGCCAAUUAAGGACAUCAACGGAGAGGUCAUCGGCGUCGCACAGGUGAUAAACAAGCAAAACGAUGGGCCUUUCACCGCGAACGACGAAAAAGUUUUCGCCUCCUAUCUUCAGUUCUGCGGGAUCGGAUUGCGGAACGCGCAGCUUUACGAGCGCUCGCAGCUUGAAGUCAAAAGGAACCAGGUGUUGCUGGACCUGGCGAGGAUGGUGUUUGAGGAGCAGAGUACAAUAGAGCACAUGGUGCUAAGGAUACUGACGCACACUCAAAGCCUCAUCCGCUGUCAGCGAGUACAGGUUCUUCUGGUUCAUGAGGCUUCAAAAGGUAGUUUUUCCCGAGUCUUCGAUCUGGAGGCUGGAGACGAGGCGGAGCCCGGCACACCCAGAACAUCCCCAUACGAGAGUCGAUUCCCGAUCAACGUUGGCAUAACGGGAUACGUGGCAACCACUGGCGAGACAGUGAACAUUGCUGAUGCGUACGCCGAUCCUAGGUUUGAUCCUUCGGUAGACGAAGGCACGGGGUUCAAACACAACACGAUCCUCUGCAUGGCAAUCAAGAAUUCAGAGGGAAGAAUCAUUGGUGUUAUUCAGUUGGUGAACAAAUUCGACGAGUUGCUUUUUACCAAAAACGAUGAGAACUUCGUGGAGGCUUUCGCCAUAUUCUGCGGGAUGGGCAUCCACAACACGCACAUGUACGAGAAGGCGAUCACCGCGAUGGCGAAGCAGAGCGUCACGUUAGAUGUUUUAAGUUACCACGCUUCGGCAUCAUUAGACGACGCUCAAAGAUUGAGAAGUCUCAGGAUACCGUCAUCGGCCCACUUCAGUCUGCACGAGUUGGAUUUCGACGACAUAGAUAUGUCCGACGACGAGACGCUCACGGCAUGUCUCCGCAUGUUCCUAGACCUGGACUUUGUCGAGCGGUUUCACAUAGAUUACGCCGUGCUGUGCAGGUGGCUGCUCAGCGUGAAGAAGAACUACAGGAAUGUAACUUACCACAAUUGGAGGCAUGCGUUCAACGUCGCCCAAAUGAUGUUCGCGAUAUUAACGGAAACCCAGUGGUGGAAGAUAUUCGGGGAACUCGAGUGUCUGGCGCUGAUCAUCGGCUGCCUGUGUCAUGACCUUGAUCACCGGGGGACCAACAACUCAUUUCAAAUCAAGGCAUCAUCACCUCUGGCGCAGCUUUACUCGACGUCCACCAUGGAGCAUCACCAUUUCGACCAGUGCCUGAUGAUCCUCAACUCACCGGGCAACCAGAUUUUAGCCAACCUCUCCUCCGACGACUACGAGAGAGUUGUCAAAGUGCUUGAAGACGCUAUAUUGUCGACAGACUUGGCUGUAUAUUUCAGCAAACGCAAGCCGUUCAUAGAUCUAGUGAGUAGGGAGCGGACGGUGACAAGUGCGUGGGGCGCGUGUAACGAGCGGCGCGGAUUACUUCGCGCCAUGCUGAUGACCGCGUGUGACUUAGCCGCCAUCACCAAGCCCUGGCCCGUCGAGAGGCGUGUCGCAGCACUAGUGGCCGGCGAGUUCUUCAGACAGGGCGAUCUGGAGAGGCAGAACCUGAAUCUGACGCCCAUAGACAUAAUGAACAGAGACAAAGAAGACGAACUCCCUGCUAUGCAAGUCAAAUUCAUAGACACAAUAUGCCUGCCAAUUUAUGAGGCAUUCGCAGUAUUGUCGUCGUCUUUACAACCUAUGCUCGACAGAGUGAAGAGUAAUCGCUCGCAUUGGAUCGAAUUGGCUAACAACGAUAAGAACACCAGCGAGAAAAUAGAAUACGGCCUGGAUAAGAAUCACAUCCAAGAGAGAACGGACAAAUCCAGUAUCAGUUCACAAAAUGUUGAUGAUACCGAAAACACUUACGAAGGUGACAGUAGCGGAGCGGUCAGCCUGUCAUCGGAAAGCAACUCCAAGUACGAUAAUCUUGAAAAUCCUGUAGUAGGACUCCUCUCUAACAAUGUACUCGCUCUGCCAAGAGACCCUAAGUUUUCUCCGAUGAACGAUUUAAACUAAGCUCCUUAAUACCUUAGAACUAUUGUGAUAUAGUGAAACGCGACUUUUACGUCCAAAACCUUAUUUCGAAGGCCAAUAGAAAGCCGAAACUGGUUUUGUAUAGUUAAUAAUAAUAGUAUCAGUUAAUAAAACAGUAUCUUGGAAACUCUCCUACUCGAGUAGUGGUUUUAUUGCAUUUUAGAAAUGAAUUUAUUUUUAGUUAUUAUUUAGAAAUGCCGUGUUACCUGUUUGUGACGGUGCGCCUUUUAUAUAUUUUAUUUCCGAGACUGUACUCCACCCGCCAUAUUGUUUCAUAUUGUCUUUGUUCCUAUUGGUCUGUUUGAAAUCGAGGUAGGUUACGGUGUGAACGAUUUGUAUAUGCGUUACAAAAUGAUAGUGUGUGAUAUUCGUAUAGUAAUUUUAUAAUUGAUUUAGUUUAAUUUGAAAUUCGUGUUACGCAAGGCGUGCAUUCGGUAUGUUGUCUGAAUUCUCGCACUAUUUUUGUACACAUUAUUUUUUAGCUUUACAUUAUAAGUACCUACUUGUAAGUUUAUAAAGUACGUACUAAACGUUUUUUAUUAUUACCUCGUCGUGUCUAUUCCUACGUAUCACAUAAAGUCAUUCGUGUUGUUAGGUUUUGUGUAUCAUUUAUACGAUACGUUAUUUACAUUACGAGAAUUGAAUCGUAUCAAUUUUCGAUUGAUGAAUUAGUUAUGGAAGAUGAUUAUAAAAUUAGAAAAGUGCAGGGCCUAACUGUCUUGUUCAACUUAGUUUUAUUGAAGUGAAUGACCAAAAAUACCAAAAAUUUCGAAUAGUUGUUUGUGCUAAAUUGUUGAUUUUGUCUUGUCGAUUAUGACUAAAGCGUAAGCAUUCAAACUUUCGAGUAUUAUGAUGUAUGAUAACGAAAGAAAUUGACAUUAAGUUCAUAUAGAAACGAAAAUAUAUUGAUUAGAUCGAUUAUUGAAUGUCCAUCGAGCGCCAUAAAUAUGUCGCAUAUUAUGGUAUUGCAUAUCGACAAAUAUAUUAUUAAGCGUACAUACUUACUCCUAAUAUUUAUGAAUAGUAGCUUUUGAAAGGUACAAGUUUCAAGACGACGUAUCUUAGUUAUUUAUUUUGUUUGUAGAUUUCUUGCUUUUUGAGAUAUUGGGCAGGUCUGUGCGAAACUUUCCACCUGAAAAAAGAAAAAUUUGGGAUUAUAUAUCUUUUUAUCUAAUUCGCACACGAUCGUGUAAAUACAAUUUUAAAUUAUUAACGAUUUGUAAUUAUUUGGUAAGUACUUAUUAUGAGUUCGGGUUCUGAGAAAUAUUGACUGUCAUUUUAAUUUUAGUUUCUCACGGAACUUGCGCCUCGCAAUAAUAAUUUUACAUUGACAGUUGUGGCAAAUUAGAUCCAUUCCGAUUAGAAUUAAACAAUAAUCAUGUUUGUGUUGUCCGUUUAUUUAAAUAGGUAAUGAAUCUUUUUAUUUAUCAUGUCAAUUUUUAAAAGGUCGUUUACUGAGAUGAUAAUUCGAAUAAACGAAAUAAUCUUUGAGAAAUAGUUUUGACAAAACUGCAACUAUGAAUCUAUCACUAACUAUAUUCACUCUUCAUACACAUUUAUUUCUAUCUUAUAAAUUUUUAUCUAAGAUUAAUUGUUCAAAAUCAUAUGUUGCAGUUUGAUAAAAUCUGUUUUAAAAAGUUCGUUUGCAAUUAAUUGAACAAGCUAAUUGCCUUUUUAGCUUAAAUAAAUUACUACAUAAUGACAUUUUGAGUAAUCUUUUAGUAUCUUUUCAGUUUUUUUUUAAUUAUUUUUUAUUCAUCGAUUUCACAAAUUUCUUGAAUUACGUACCGUGGUCGUAUUUAAUAUUACUCAAAAAGAAAUUAUGAAAUUUUUAUCAAUAACAAAAUAAACAACUAUUUAAAAUUUUAAAAAUAUUUUGACCAAUUCUCCAUAAAAGCGUACAAGAUAUAAUUAUAUUCUAAUUGGAAUAAUUCUCUCUAUAAUCUUUAGAUAUUUACAUGAAAAAUAUUUGAAAUCUCAAAUUAAUUGUGGUAAUAAAUUAUGUACAACUUUAUUCUUAAGAUCGCUGUAAGUAUUAUUAGAAGUAAUUAGAGAAAUAAUUAUUGUAAUUCACUAAAUGACGAUUUGUAUGGUGUGUGAAUAGAUAUGGAGGUUGUUUUGUUCCAAACAAAAGAAUAUUUAUUUAUUAAUAAACAAAUUUUGAAAUAAAUUUAUUCUUUUAUUUCAACCUAUUUACGCAAUCACUAGGUUACCAGAAAAUGACAUUACUCUAUACGUAUUAAGGAUCAAAAUAUGUUCUUAAUUGAGUUUAAAAACAUCAGGUUAUGCAACCUAAACUUAAACCUUAAACCAGGGCCCUCCAACCACGCACUUUAAAAGGGCAGGCUUAAGCGAGGCUGAUUACCU